AUGGCCACACUGUCGCUCCCGGAGUUCGAGCUCACGCUCGACGAGCAGCAAGCGGUGCCUUUGUUCUACGCAGAUCUUGAGGUCCUGGAUGACCCGGCGGUGCCUUAUGAGACCAAGAAGUGGAUGUUCGACACGAUUUUGAAAGACAUGGUGCCCUACCGGUACCACGACGGGCCACGGAUGUUCCCCGAUAUCAACUUCUACAUGACCCUUCUGUACAACCGGCCCAACGACGAAGGGGUCUGGGGCCUAGUCUACCGAUUUCACGAAUGGAUUUCCAUGAUGGCCACGUUUCACCCAGAGGAAGCAGACCAGGCCAUCGCGGCCUUGGAGCUUCGCGCGAUGUCCUACGGCUGGCCCAACACUCAGGCUCAAGAAACGUCGCCGGCGACUUCGCAGAUGGGGCAGGCCUCGACAUCACCUGGGCAGACGAUCGCUCCAUCACCGCUGGUUUCGUCGACGCCGGCUUCUCUCCAGGCGAAGAGAGCAAAGCCGAGCAACAUGUACGAAACAGAGCACCAGCACCCGAUUCUCACAGCAGAGCUCGUCGCUGCUCCUACCUUUCGAUACAAAGGCGUCGUUCAGAACAUGGACCACUUCGAGGAGCUCGACGAUGCCUACGAACGGCACGUCAAGCGCGCAGCGGGCAAGGCGCCCGACGAAGACGCCUCCUGGCCAUCGUCGGCCGAACAGCAACGCGCCUACGUCGAAAGCCUCUUCGGCCACGUUACCGACUUGGGCAACUUUUACGAGCUGAGAAAGGCACGCGAGCGCCUCGCCAAGCUUGAAAGUCAACAAGGUCGGCACUCAUCCGAGGCUGCCGAGACCCCCUCCAGGAAGCGAAGAAGGGGUGCGGGGGGACAGGACGCCAGUUUCGACGCCGCUGUUCGGCCGAAGGGCAUUAGCAAGACAGACUGGGCCCUGACGGACGCCGAGAGCGCACCCGUGGAACUGCUCGAGGCAGUGAUCCACUAUCAAAUCUCUGACGUUGAGAUUGAGCUUCUUUGUUGGAGACUGCUGCGGGCUGCGAUGGAGAUGCAGCUCGGAUUCACCAUGAGGCCACUUUGGUCUGGCUCAAAGACAAUCGCCAUGUGGGAGCACUUUGAUACAUUUGCCGAGAGAUGGCAGGCUAUAAGUGAGAACGUGCUGGACUGCAAGAUUCUCAUCCACUCUCUCACUCGAGCAGACUGGAUCUGCAAAUACGCCGGCGCCCCAUCCAAAGAGCGAGGUGGAAAGCUGAACAACGACUUGCUCAAUGGGCGCCGUGAUAUCCAGAACCAGGUGGGCCGCGACGUCAUCAAACAAAAGACGUUGCGCCAGGACUGGACGACCUCGGAAGACUUUGAGAUCCGCAACAAAGAGGGCGAACUGGUUCUAAAGGCAGGCCACUUGGGCGACAAGAAGCGUCGACAGCUCGCAGUCAGGAGCCAAAAGGAUGGGGAAAGCUAA